AUGUUGUUAGUAGCUUGGUUGGGAGUGAUUUGCUGGAAAGUAGCAGCCAGCUCCGAACUGAGGACUAAUACGUCCGACAACCUACGAAUACAGUUUGAUCCCCAGGACUAUACUACCACGUUUAGUCAACCGGUUUUCCUAAAUUUGUGGAUCGAUGGUUCAUGGAGUAAAAAUCUAUCGGUAUUGUUCAAUGCAGCAGAUAACACCUUCGUGCUUGUGAGGCCACAUACUACUAGGAUUUAUGAGAAACAAAAUUAUCGAAGAAAUCUAUCCCGAUUGGAAGCUAACGGAUUACGCCCAGGCAGAUUCGUUGUUACGGCAAAGGUAGAACCUAAGGGAGAAGUCGAUGAUCGUAGGUUAUUUGUGCACCUUAAAAUCGCAUUGAACCAGCCUAUGAUUUAUAUUUCAUUGCUGAUCGGUUGGAGCUAUACGGCAUGUUGGUCUACUGGAUAUUAUCCACAGAUUCUUCUCAACUAUCGCAAAAGAAGUGUUGUUGGUCUAAGUUUCGAUUUUCUUCACAUCAACAUUGUCGGUCACAUCAGUUAUGCAAUAUUUAACUCAUUUCUGUAUUGGAACAGCUAUAUUGAGCAAGAGUACUUUAAUCGUCAUCCUUACGGACUGAAUCCGGUAAUUGGAAACGAUGUAGGAUUCGCUAUUCAUGCAUCAUUUGCAACGGGAUAUACCAUCGUACAAUGUUAUGUAUAUGAGUCUGGAGGAAACUCUGUAUCCACGACUGCCAAAGGAAUUAUCUGGAGCUAUGUUGUCAUAAUGUUGGUGUCAUUCAUCAUGGUACUAUUGGGAACGUAUCACUGGCUAGAUUUUUUGUACGUUUUGAGCUACAUAAAGCUAUCAACCACACUGGUGAAAUACUUUCCUCAGGCGUAUAUAAACUAUAAACGAAAGAGCACCGAAGGAUUUUCAAUUGUGAAUCGACUCUUGGAUAUUGCUGGGGGAUUAUUUGGAAUCCUGCAGAUGGUGAUCAAUGCGUGGAACUUUGACGACUGGCAGUCGAUUACUGGCGAUCCUGUUAAGUUUGGUAUGGGGUUAUUUUCAAUCCUGUUUGAUUUGGUGUUUAUUGUUCAGCAUUAUUUUCUGUACAGGAAGCAGCACGUUACCGGAAACAAUGAUAUGAAGGUGAUGUACAAUUUAACAGAUACUCAGUGA